UUUCAUGUUUCUGAUUAUCUUAUGAUUACAAUCUUGUAAUCAUAUACAUUGACCGACUUCGUCGUUCUCUUCAAUGUAAUCAAUAGCCAGCCAUUAAAAACGAAAGCUGCGCUGAAAAUAUUAAUCCCAAAAUUUUCGGACAAGAGAGAGAGAGACACGACAUAAUCUGCACCAUCUGUUUUUCUCCCUCCUCAAUAUUCUAAAGCUGGAAGCUUUUUUUCUAUCUUUCUAAUUUCUCUUCUGAAACAAAGAGAUUUGGAUUUGUUCUAUUCUAAUCUUUGCCCAUUUGAUCCACUUUCAUCCUCUCAGUUCUAAAUACUAAUUAGCCUUUAAUUUGUCUCUUUCCCCUUUGUGUGUUUCCUGCAUUUUCCCGGAACAUCCAAGACAGAACCAAAAAAACAAAAGCUUGUGACUUUCUCAUCAAUCCUCUAACCCAUUGUUCGUACCCCGAUUUGGCGCGAACCCUUUUGUUUCAAUUUCGGAUUCCUGCGGCGAAGAAAAAGUUUUCGAUCAGAUCAGAGCAAAAAAAGAAAGAAAAAAGAAUGACGACGACAAUACCAAUACCGGAAGGGAUGAUGUUGGAGAUAAGUACGGUGGAUGACAUCAUACGAAGAUUACUAGAAGGCAAAGGAGGCAAACAGGUCCAGCUCUCCGAGAUCGAGAUCCGUCAACUCUGCGUUAACGCCAGACAAAUCUUCCUCUCUCAGCCCAAUCUCCUCGAUCUCCAUGCCCCCAUUCGCAUCUGCGGUGAUAUUCAUGGACAAUACCAAGACCUUCUCCGUCUAUUCGAAUACGGAGGCUACCCUCCAUCAGCCAACUACCUCUUCCUCGGAGACUACGUCGACAGAGGCAAGCAGAGCCUCGAGACCAUCUGCCUCCUCUUGGCUUACAAAAUCCGCUACCCGUCCAAGAUCUUCCUCCUCAGAGGCAACCACGAGGACGCCAAGAUCAACAGGAUCUACGGCUUCUACGACGAGUGCAAACGGAGGUUCAACGUCAGGCUCUGGAAGAUAUUCACCGACUGCUUCAACUGUCUCCCCGUCGCCGCCCUCAUCGACGACAAGAUCCUGUGUAUGCACGGAGGGCUGUCCCCCGAGAUGGAGAAUUUGGAGCAGAUCAGGGAGAUUGAGAGGCCUACGGAGAUUCCGGACAACGGUCUUCUAUGUGAUCUGCUCUGGUCUGAUCCUGAUCAGAAGCAUGAAGGUUGGCGUGAUAGCGAUAGAGGUAUCUCGUGUACGUUUGGAGCUGAUGUUGUCGCUGAGUUCUUGGAUAAGAAUGAUCUCGACCUCAUUUGCCGUGGCCAUCAGGUGGUGGAAGAUGGGUAUGAGUUUUUUGCGAAAAGGAGAUUAGUGACGAUAUUCUCAGCUCCAAACUAUGGUGGAGAGUUUGACAAUGCAGGUGCUUUAUUGAGCGUAGACCAAUCUCUUGUUUGUUCUUUUGAGAUUCUUAAACCUGCUCCAUCUUCAAGCGGUAUUCCUCUCAAGAAGGUACCUAAAAUGGGCAAGUCUUGAAACUCAAUAAUAAAAGAAAGUUUCACAAGCUCUACUAAAGCUAGGCUCUGUAUGCAUUUUCUUCAGAUAGAUAAAACCGCAAUGGUGAAGAGAACCUCAAAGGCUACUUUACUUAGUCAACAAAGAAGAAGCAUCGGUAAAAACAAGAGAGAGAGAGAUAGAUUAUCCAAAAAAUAUUCGGUGUAUAGUUGCUUCUUGAGAUUUUCAUCUUCUUUGGUCUGUUUUCUUUUUUUUCCUUCUUAUUGUUUCUGACUCUUCUUGUAUCAUCCAGUUACCACAUUUGUUAACCUUUCUAUUAUUGAAUAGACUUUCAUUGUUUGGUUCUUACU